AUGGAGAGUGCCCAUGUGCAGGACCUGCUCAAGGCCAAGAAAUCGGUUUUCACCGUGACCCACAACACCAAGCUCAUCAAUGUGCUGCAGGAGUUUGCGGAGCGCGACAUUCUGUCAGCCCCCGUCGAGGUCUUGGCUGCCGAGGACGAGAGCAGCGAUACCUACAUGGGCCUCAUUGACGUCCGCUCCAUCCUUUACACCAUCAUCCGCGAUGUCAUCGACCAUGUCGAGGCCGAAGCCCGGCCCCUGGAUAAAUGGAUCAAGCUGGAGCAACAAGCCCCUGAAUGCCUCGACCGCACGGCCAUCACCAUCACCGGCCACGACGUGGACCUCAAGUAUCGUGGCAGCAGCAAUGACUCUCUCCUGGAGAUUAUCAACGACUCUUUCCUGGGCCACGGCUCGAGCCGACACCCCAACGUGCAGCAUGAGGUGCACCAUCGCAUUGCCCUUUUCAACACUCGCGGUGAAAUUACCAACAUGCUCACGAUGUCGGAUAUUAUUGCCUUCCUGCACAAGCACUCGGACAAGCUGGGAAAGCUUGGUGACAUGACGGUGCGGGAACUCGGCUACGCGCACGGACCCGUGGUCACGGUCACCACCAAGACCAUCACUGCCGACGCCUUCCACACCAUGUUUGACCAGCAGCUGAGUGCCGUUGCCGUGGUGGACGAGGCUGGCAAGUUUGUUUCCGAUCUCGGCGAGCAAGACCUGCGCGGUCUGGAUAUGAACGGUGUUAUGCGCCUCCUCAUGACAACAGAGGAGUUCUUGGAGCGUAAGCUCAAGGAUCGCAACAGCAGCCACUUGUCGGGCGUGUGCCAUGGCUACACCAAGCUGAGCAAGGUCAUUAGCAUGCUGGCUGAAAAUCGCCUGCGUCGCCUCUACGUUCUCAACGACCAAGUCCGGGUCUGCGGUGUCAUCACGCUGACCGACGUGCUCAACGAAGUCUCAAAGGCAUGUGCUUCCCACUAA